AUUUUCUAUUGUAUCAUAUUAUUAAUAUAUCAAUCACUUUGCUAUGCAAAAAAGUCUUGUAUCAAUGGCUAAAAUGCAAGUUUUUCAUAUCCAACACUUUCAUAUUUGAUAAUCAUUUUAAGAACUAACCUUUCUUCUUCUUGUUGUUGUUCACAUGGCUGAUGAUGGAUUUACCUACGACGUGUUCAUCAGUUUCAGAGGCGAAGAUACUCGCUACACUUUCACCGGCCAUCUAUGGAAAACUCUAAAUGACAAGGGAAUCAGAACUUUCAUGGAUGAUGAUGAUCUUCAAAAAGGGGAUGAAAUCACACCCUCACUUAUCAAUUCAAUUCAAAAUUCAGUUAUGGCAAUUGUUGUUCUCUCCAAAAACUAUGCUUCUUCAUCCUUUUGCUUACAAGAGCUUUCUCAUAUACUUGAUUCAAUCAAAGGUAAGGGUAGAUUGGUCUUACCGGUUUUUUAUAAGGUGGAUCCUUCAGAUGUAAGGAAGUUAAAAGGGACUUAUGGUGAAGCAAUGGAUACUAAUGAGACUAAAUCCAAUCAUAAAUGGAAGAUGUGUCUUCACCAAGUUUCUAAUUUGUCUGGCUUUCAUUACAAGAAUGGGGAUGAAUAUGAACAUGAAUUUAUUGGGAAGAUAGUUGAACAAGUAUCAAGAGAGAUUGUACCUAUUACCUUACCUGUUCCUGAUAACCUAGUUGGAAUCGAUUACCAAAAGCAGAAUGUAGCAUCACUUUUGAAUGUUGGGUCAGAUGAUGCAGUCCACAUGGUAGGGAUCCAUGGGAUUGGUGGAAUAGGGAAAACCACACUUGCUCUAGAAGUUUAUAACUCCAUUGUCUGUCAAUUUCAAGGUUCUUGUUUUCUUGAAAACGUUAGAGAAAAUUCAGAUAAAAACGGGUUGAUAUAUCUCCAAAAGAUUCUUCUGACUCAAAUUUUUCGAGAGAAGAACAUCGAGUUAGCUAGUGUUAGACAAGGAAUUGCAACAUUAAAACAAAGGCUCAAACAAAAGAAGAUUCUUUUGGUUCUAGACGAUGUUGACAAAGAGGAGCAAUUAGAGGCUAUUGCUGGAAGUUGUGAUUGGUUUGGUCUUGGCAGUCGAGUCAUUAUCACAACUCGGGACAAAAAGUUGCUUACAUGCCAUGGAGUUCAAAAAAUAUAUGAGGUGAGAGGGUUGAAUGAGAAAGAUGCUUUUGAAUUGGUUGGAUGGAAAGCUUUUAAAAAUGAAUUUAGUCCAACCUAUACAGAUGUUUUAAAUCGCGCUGUAAUAUAUGCUUCCGGUCUUCCACUCGCUUUAGAAGUAAUAGGUUCUCACUUAUUUAAUAAGACAGUAGAAGAAUGUAAAUAUGCACUAGAUCGUUAUGAAAGGAUUCCAGAUAAAAAGAUCCAAACGGUACUACAGUUGAGCUUUGAUGCUUUGCAGGAAGAAGAUAAGGUUGUUUUUCUUGACAUUGCUUGUUGCUUCAAAGGAUAUAAUUUGGCAAGGCUCCAAAAAAUACUUCAUUCUCAUCAUGGUGUGAGCAAGAAUGAUCACAUCAAUGUGCUAUUUGAAAAAUCUCUCAUAAAGAUAAGUAAGUAUCAUGAUGUUACAUUACAUGAUCUAAUAGAGGACAUGGGGAAAGAAAUUGUCAGACAAGAAUCACCAGAAGAGCCUGGAAAUCGCAGUCGGUUAUGGCUCCCUAAAGAUAUAGUUCAAGUUCUAGAAGAAAAUACGGGAACAAGUAAAAUUGAAAUCAUAUGUUCAAACUCCCGGAUUAAAGUAGAAUGGGAUGGAGAGGCUUUCAAGAAGAUGAGAAAGCUUAGAACACUAAUUAUGAGUGGCAGAUGCAGUGAAAGUCCCAAACAUCUUCCGAAUAGCCUAAGAAUACUUCAAAUUGAAAAUUGGAUAUGUUCUUCAUGGGGUUUACCGUCUGAGUUUUAUCCAAAGGAACUUACCACAUGCAAUUUUCCCUCUUACUUAUCAUCAUUCGAGUUCAAAGACUUUUUCAAGAAGAAGUUCAAGAAUAUAAGGAUUUUAAAUUUUGAUAACCAUAGACUUUUAUCACAUAUACCCGAUGUAUCUGGUCUCGUAAAUUUAGAAGAAUUUUCAUUUCGAGAAUGUGUGAGUUUAACAGAAGUCGAUGACUCUGUUGGGUUGUUGGGUAAACUUAAAACCUUAAAUGCUUAUGGUUGCCUCAGGCUCAGGAAAUUACCACCUCUCAAGUUGGUUUCCCUAGAAGAACUCAAUCUUUCAGAGUGUUAUCGUCUUGAGAGUUUUCCACCUGUGAUAGAUGAGUCGUUUGAUAAACUUAAAACCUUGAGUGUUAGAUGUUGCUUCAAGAUAAAGAGUAUUCCACCUCUUAAGUUGACUUCGCUACAAAUACUCGAUCUUUCACAUUGUGAUAGUCUCGAGAGUUUUCCAGUUGUGGCGAAUGGCUUUCUUGGAAAUCUUAAAACCCUGUUUGUUAAAGGUUGUCGCAAUCUCAAGAUUAUUCCACCUCUCAAGUUGGAUUCCUUAGAAGAACUUGACCUUUCAGGUUGUGUUAGUCUCAAUAGUUUUCCAUGUGUGGUGGAUGGCUUGUUGGAUAAACUUAAAAUCUUGAGUAUUAAACAUUGCAUCAAACUUACAAGUAUUCCACCACUCAAGUUGACUUCGUUGAAACAGUUUGAUCUUUCAUAUUGUCCAAGUCUAGAGAGUUUUCCAGAAAUAUUAGGAGAGAUGAGAAACAUACCACAAAUUAACUUGUUUAACACUCCCAUAAAAGAAUUGCCGUUUCGAUUUCAAAAUCUUACUCCGAGUCAAACAUUAGAUUCCUGUAAUUGUGGAUUUGUUCACUUACCACUUAGUGUUGCUCAUGAGAUGGUAAAACUGGUUGAACUUACCAUCCAUAGUGAAGAAAAAGUGAGUCCAAUGAAAUGUUCACUUGUAAAAUAUCUUUGUCUCAGGAACAUGAAACUUUCAGAUGAAUCUUUGUCCAUAUGUCUCAUACUGUUUGCUAAUGUGAAAGAAUUACACUUAAAUGAAAAUCAAUUCACAGUUCUUCCUAAAUGUAUCGAAAAAUGCAAAUUUUUAUGGAGGCUUGUCUUGGAUAAUUGUGAGGAACUUCAAGAGAUCAAAGGUAUUCCGCCAAGCUUAAAAACAUUAUCAGCAUUAAACUGUAAAUCAUUGACUUCGUCGAGCAAAAGCAAAUUACUAAAUCAGGAAUUACAUGAGGCUGGAAACACUUGGUUCCGUUUGCCACGAGCAAAGAUUCCAGAUUGGUUUGAUCACCAAUGCUUGGCAGGAUUGUCAAUUUCUUUCUGGUUUCGUAACAAGUUUCCCGCCAUAGCUCUUUGUGUUGUUUCGCCGUUGACAUGGUAUGAUCAUCGACCUCCUAUAAAAGUGAUCAUCAAUGGCAAUACAUUUUUUUAUAAACACGGUGAGGAUCGAACUAAUAGAAACAUGGCACGACCAAAAGUGUAUCAUUUACAUCUUUUUCAUAUGAAAAUGGAAAAAUUAAAAGGUAAUAUGGACAAAGCACUUUUAGAAAAUAAGUGGAAUCAUGCAGAGGUUGACUUUGGAUUCCCAUUCCAUUAUAGUGGAAUUCACGUAUUGAAAGAGAAAAGUGAGAUGGAGGUUAUUCGAUUCACCAACCCAGAAAAUGAUGAUAAUAUUGAGCUCACUCUUUAAAAAACAACUGAGUCAUUGGUCUCAGGAAUUGAUUCUGAUGAGGGAAUGGAAUGAACUCUACCAAUCAUGAGACUCCAUCAUAUAAUUGUAGUAUGCCUCCAAAGAUAACACAUGUUCAAGUAAGUAUAUAUAUCAUUCAUUUUACAAAGUAUAUGUUCAGAAUAGUAUAUGUUCUUAUCCUUACUGUUUAUUGUUGAUUAAAUCUUCAAAAUGUGAGUCAGUCUUAACAUGAUAUUCAAGCCCUUCAUAUGAUUUCUAAAUUGUUUGACUUUAUGAAAUUAACCAAGGAGGGACAUAGUUGACAAAGGCAGAAUUGAAGUGCUGUGGAGUGAAAAUGUGAAAUUAUUCAGGUAGAAUAUACUGUCAUACUGUAUUAAUAUAUAUAAUAUGAUGUACUCCAUGUUUCAAAUAAAAAUAUAGCAUGGAGCAUACCAAAAUUCGACAAUCUAUUUAGUUCACUUUAAAGUUUUAUUAUUUAUAUUAUAUUUUUUCCUCAUUUAUUUAUCUUAAUUUAUAAACUUUUACCGUGUAAUUUGAUUUUGUACCAAUCCAACAGCAAAUAAAGCGGGUUGGGUUACUUUAGUGCUUUUAUUA